UGUCAACACUGGAACUGUCCCCUUGAGAUGAAACAACAGCCCCAAUGAACCCGUCCGAGUCUCCAACAUAGAAUCUUCACGUUGAAAACGCCACAUGAUUGGAAAUAUUCGCACAAUGAUUCGUCGUACCCUCCUACGCGCCCGCCGCGCUCCCCAAUCGCUCCUCCGCAAGCCGCCAACUCGCCGCUAUGCCUCCUCUCCGCCAGAACCACCACCUCCAUCCUCGUCAACGUCCUCGCCCCAAUCACGCAUCUCCCGCCUCAACGCCCGCCUCCCCCGCUUCCUGCACAAAUACACCUCGGCACUGUCAUCUGCGCCGCUAACGCACAUCACGGCCUUCCUCCUCCUGCACGAAAUCACCGCCAUAGUGCCCUUGCUCGGGCUCGCAGCUACCUUCCACUACACGCACUGGCUUCCCUCGUGGUUCGCCGAGGGCGCCUGGGUGCUAAAAGGCGUGGAGCGCUUCGGCUUGUACUUUAAAAGGAAGGGGUGGAUUCGCGAGGAGGAGAGGGGGGAGGCGGAGAGGGAGAUUGGCGAACAUGUCGUCGAGUCUGAAAGGGGAGGAGAGGGGAGGAUGGGGAGAUGGAGGGGGAUGACGGAGAGGUGGAGGAGGAGGAGGGAUAGGGCGUGGGAUGUUGGCGAGGGGGGCGUUCGGUUGGUGGUCGAGUUCGCGACGGCGUAUGCGAUUGUCAAGGCGCUGCUUCCUGUGCGGGUGGUGCUGAGUGUGUGGGCGACGCCUUGGUUUGCGGGGUGGGCGGUUGUGCCGGUUAAGAGAUGGUUGGGAAUGGGAAGGGUGGAUGAAGAGGGCAAUAUCCUGCCCAAGUAGGGCGUUUACACACGAUGGUUGUCUUCCAAGGCAGCGAAGACCCAGUUAAAUAGGCUUCACCGCCGGGCUCUCGAGUAAUGGUGGGCGGUUACCUACUACAAUCCUCGAUCAAGUCGACAACUCAUUGGAGGAAAUCUGCUUGUUU